AUGCGCCGCCUCCAUCGAAUAAUCAUAACCCGUAACGUUACGUGCAAGGCCAAGGCCAAGAUGUGGACAAGCAAGUACGGUAAGAUCCCCAUUACGUCAUUCCCGAUCCCGGGGAUCGUAUUGGAGGACAAAGGAUUGGUGGAGGUGUAG